AUGCACACACAACACAUCCUCGCUAUUCUCGCCCUUGCGCUGCCCGCGUUCGUGAGCGCAGACGCCCCAUACACCAAGCUUGGCUGCUAUUCCGAGGUCCCGGAUAUAAAGAGCUACACCACAACUGCCUACCAGGCCUAUGGCGCAUGCCUGAAUAUGUGUUCUAAGGAUGGCUACAAGAUUGCCGCCCUGAGCAAGGGCAACCGUUGCAGCUGCGGCAACGCCGUACCCCCAAACUCGGCCAAGGUCAGCGAUGACCAGUGCCAGACGCCCUGUCCCGGAUACCCCACGGACCUAUGUGGCGGUGAUAACGCCUACAUGGUCCUUAGCACCGGUCAAUACGCCGUUGUUUCCCAGUCUGAUGGCGACGCUGCGGCGACACCAACUGCUGCCACUGCCGCUGGUGGUAUCGUCGUUGCUGCAACCAACGUCAACCCCUCCACCGUCCCAACGAGUAUCCUGACUGCACCGGGCUCCAUGAUUUCCAAGGCCGGAGUCACCGCAGCCUCCAGCUCUGCAGGCGUGGCCGCCACGGCUGCUAGCUCCAGCGCUGCGGCCUCGCAUACCGCCAACGCUGCCGUUUCUCUGCGCGGGGGUUCAUCCAUGGCUGGAGUGUUGGUUGCUGGUCUGGGUCUGCUUCUGUAA